UUGAACUGGGCUCGUGUUUCCUGCAGAUCCUUAAAGCUGCCGUUCGGCGGGAUUCAUUAUUGAUUAUUGAUUCCUGACUGAUGGCGCGGAGCGGGUGGCUUCUUUUUGGUCCGCUGCAGUGGAUCCGUUACGUCAACAAACACGUAAAAGUAAAGGCGGGAAGAGAUGAAGAACACCGCGGUCACGUGCUCACUGUGGAUCCGGUCUCCGCCAGUGUUGUCCUGGUGAACUUUGGGGAGGAGGGCACUGUCUCGGUCAGGGUGGUGAUGGGCCACGCCGUGGAGGAGGUGGAGGUGCUGCAGCAGGCGGACAUGGAGACAACAGCGCGCCUUUCUGCGGUGCUCCUCCUUCCAGACAGCAGCAGGUUCAGUGUGGGAGAGCUGCAGAGGCGGAAGGAGUGCGUCAGGCGGUGGCUGGAGAAGAACAGAGUGCCCGUAGAGAACGAUUAUGGCAGCGAGGCACUGAAAGUAGGCGGCACUUUAACAGUCAUGCCCCCAUAUGGACCCGAUGACUGCCAAGGCUCCAAUGAGAUCAUCCUUUCCAGGGUCCAAAAACUGUUGCUUAUGAACCCUGCAACCCUGGAUGGACCUGGAGAUGGUUCAGAGUGAAGCCUGAAGACCAGAACUGAAAAGUCUAAAACUGUCAACAUGCAAUAAUCUGAAUCAAGCAACUAAAAAUGGUUCUGGUGUCUUUGGGACGAAGGCAUUUUAGGUCUUCAUAGAUCUGCAUUUUGAGUUUUGUCAAUAAAACUACA